CCUCUCUGGCAAUAGGCUAAGAGCUGAGCUCCCUGAAGCAGCGGCGAAGGCAGCGGCAGCGGCAGCAGCAGCAGCAGCGGCGCGGCUCUGUCUCUGGUCCCAGCACUCCGCGCCUUCUGCAGCCGCCACUGCAGCCGCGCCGCGGGGGCUCCUUCGGUGCAGCCAGCUGGCCGCUCCAGUUCUGUGCCUCGGAAAAAGAAACCAGCGAUUGGAGACACAUUCAAGGCGGGACCAGAGACAAAUCUCCCUGGGGCCACUAGCUCUGGCUAGCUUGCUUGCUAGCAGUUGCUCCCUCAGUCUUUGGCUCGAGCCCUCACUCCCUCCCGCGCCAGGGAGCAGUUGGGGUGGCGUGGGCUCUGUCCUUGUCUUGGCUGGUGGGAACUGUGUGUUCAACAGAGGAAGCCUGGUGGGCCUAGCCCCUCUCAGCCCAGCGCCGAUGAGUGCCAGGGCGCCGAAAGAGCUGAGGCUGGCGUUGCCUCCCUGUCUCCUCAACCGGACCUUUGCUUCCCCCAACGCCAGCGGCAGUGGCGGCAACGCAGGUGUCCGCAGCUCAGGCGCAGGAGGUGGCACCUGCAUCACGCAGGUGGGACAGCAGCUCUUCCAGUCCUUCUCGUCCACGCUGGUGCUGAUUGUCCUGGUCACUCUUAUCUUCUGCCUCAUCUUGCUGUCCCUCUCCACCUUCCACAUCCACAAGCGUAGGAUGAAGAAACGGAAGAUGCAGAGGGCUCAGGAGGAAUACGAGAGGGAUCAUUGCAGUGGCAACCACGGUGGUGGGGGGCUGCCUCGAGCAGGUGUUCAGGCCCCAACCCACGGAAAAGAAACCCGGCUAGAGAGGCAACCCCGGGACUCCGCCUUCUGCACCCCCUCCAAUGCCGUUUCUUCUUCCACCUCUUCAUCCCCUGGCCUCCCAUGCCAGGGUCUCUGUUCCCCCCCGCCUCCACCGCCAGCCCCCAGUCCACACGGAGCACACGCAGCUUCCUCCUGUUUGGACACAGCUGGCGAGGGCCUUUUGCAAACGGUGGUACUGUCCUGAUUGUGUAGCCCCCGCCCCCCAUCUCCUCACCCCUUCCUCGGGUUCCAGCAUCUUUAACCACCCUCGCUUUUGUUCCUCCUUCCUUCCUUUACCAUCUUCCUCUGGCCCUUCUCCCUCUGCCUUCUUUCCUUAUCUGCCCUCCCUUUUACUGUUUCUCCUCCGCCGAGGCACUGUGCGGUAUUUGUAAAUAUUGGGUGAGGAAAGUCUCGGAAGAAGUAAUAACGCUGAUAAUACUUUAUUAAUAUUUAUAGUAAUUAUACUACUAAUAACACAGUCCAAGCGCAUGACAAAUCACAUAAUUUCUCAUUGUCAAUGAAGGCUUCAUCUUCCCUCUCCACCCCGUGCCCCCCUCAGUAAGGAGGAGAAACCGCACAAGCUUCCAAAUAUAUAAAAGACAUUGACACUGGAGCAAAGGGAGGGGAGGGGGCCCGGUGAUGUUGUAUAUAGCUGCCAAGUUAAGGUUUAGUUGCCUUUCUUUUCCUCCUCCACAGCUUUCACUUUUCCUUUAGCCUCCCUCCCCUCCUCUUUCUUCACCCUCAGCCGGCCUCAGGCAAUAGUAUGUUAUUUAAAAAAAUGUAUUUACAUUGAGCAUCAGAGGCCACAGAGAAAGUCCCAGAAAAGAUGUUUAGGACAGGUACCCCUCUCUAGUCAGCCAUCUUCUCACUCUUUGUUAAAUCAUUACCUUUUCCAGGGCAGAAUAUUUGAGUUUACUUUUACAGAUCUCUCUCGCUGGCCGAGCGUCAAAUCUUUCAAUGAGUUAAAAAACAAAAAACAAAAAAACAAACAAACCUGCUUUUGCUCCCUGCCCCGCCCUACUUGCACACUUUUGUUUUCAGGAGUCCCAGAGAACCCGGGAGCUGUCCAGCCAGGCCUGGUGCUGAAUCCGACUCACCGGCAUGGUUACUUCCUCUGCUUGUGCAGGCCAAAGGAGGGGCUGUUUUGGAAAGUGACUAUACUGGAUUUGGUUGGUUUCUUUAUUUCUUUUUCCCCCCUUCAAUCGAAUUAGUGUGUACUAUUAGUUUAAUUAUUAUUAAGCGUUGCAUAAGUUGCCUUUUGUAAAACGAAAAGUACUAGAUGAUGUGCAGUACUGAAAAACGUAGUAUCUAACCAACCAGAAUGUUUGUUUUAUUUUUAGAACAAGUGCACAUUUGUUAUAUACUUAUUAUAUUGGUACCAAAUACAGAAGAAAAAUAUAGUUCUGUAUAAGCCCUCCAAACUGUAUAUUCUUGUUCUUAUUUUCCAGCUGUUGAUAUAACCGUCACCACUGGCUGAGGAAUUCAGUGGUGCAGGCCUGGCUAAUGCUGUUUCCAGAAGUGUUCUUUUGUAUUUUACUCUGUAGUAGAUUAAUAUAAAAAGAUGACACCUAUGUUUUCUUUUUUCCUUUUGUGAGUAAUAGAAACAACACAACAGAUAACACACAAAUAAUGGAUGUGCAAAGAAUGCCAUCUAUUAAAACAUGGUUAAUAUUUAAACAGUGCCUGUAGUUCUCUGCACGAAGUUCCACCUGGAGGCAGUGGUGCGUGUGUAUGCUUGUAUGGUUGUGUUUGGUGGAGAGACUGGUGGGGAUAUUGGGCAAUUUGGAUGACAGGACAUGCAAAUUUCAAGUUACAUCAGUAAAUGCUUACAGGAUAAAAUUGUUUACAGCUCGCUUAGUUACAAAUCUGUGCCUGCAUCUGAGAUACAGCCAAAGAGAGUAUUCUUUUUAAGUUUGAGUUAACUAACCUCACUAAACACAUGAAAAAAAUAUUGAGGAUAAAGAAAGUGAAAUAUUUUGGUCUCUCUUCAAAUGCCAGAUAAACCCUUCUAUGUUAGAAAUGGAGUCUGACUGUGCUUAUUUUCCACUCUGUUUCCCUUGGACAGAUGAAGUCUAGAAGCUUAUAACAUCUUAAUUAUAUGCAGUGGUAUCUCUUCCUGAAAACUAAUUAUUAGACAGCUAUUCAAAUAAUUAAGAAGUGUAUGAAUGAAACUGAUCAACAAAAUGCUUAACCAAAAGAGUCUUCAGUCUACUGCUGAGUGUGAGGUAGUAAGACCCCACAUGCGUUCCUCUAAGUCACUAGUUGACCCCGAUUCUCUGUCUUGUUUCAGUCUUAUGUGCUUUUAUACAGAGAAACUAUUGCCUCUAAUGUUUUAGGUCAUAUAUGAAGUUGCCCAAGCUCAGUCUGUAUCUUUAUAAAAUAAUUUAGUAGGGUUAAUUUUACUCCCUCCUCAGAUAUCAACUAAGUCCUUUUCUAAAGCACAGAAAACCACCAUUUACGUGUACCAUGUUGUAACAUUAGAAAGACCAGAUAUAAUCUUUGGAUACAAUACAUUAAAUAAUAAACCACAUUCUUUCUAGUGCCUUAGUCACUUCCUAGUAAUAGGUCAGAGUGCAUCCUCUCCCUCAGGCCACUAAGGAACCCCUCAGUGUAUCAGAGCUCUAUGUUGUACAACAGAAUGACUAAGGCACUUUGAAGAAGAAAGUCCAUUAAUUUCUGCAACUUACCCUUGUCCAGAUGUAGUUCUUAACACCUUAUUAAAGAAUGGCUUUUGGACUUGCAAUUUGAAUAAAAUCAGAAACCCAGAAGGUAGCGUCCUCAUUUCAAUGAGCUCUACUAAAAUGCAUAGAUAUUAUUUUAUUCCCAUUAUUUGGUGCACUUUUCAUAGUGAAUAAUUUCCCAUUUUAUUAAAGCAAUAAGAUAUUCUGUUGUGAGCAGUGCUAGAUGAUGAUUCCAUUUCCUUGGUGCUGAAGCCACUCCCUUGUUCUUGCCUUCUGAAUCACAAUGCAUUCAAGGCAUGCAAUAAUUAUCCCCUUUCUAGGAGCAACCUAUAUACCUUAGGGGCAAUGUCCUAUAUAAAUUUUCCAAAAGGUAUUUAAGAAGGAGCAAGAAAUAAGCUAAUUACAUGUAUUGUAAAAAGAGUUGAUACCUCUAACUAUGAGCACACAUCUGCAAUAUGUUGUUAUUGUGCACCUUUAAAUAUAUAUGCCUUUCUCCAUCAAUUGACUAGGAUUUCAUAUUUUAAUAGUGUCCUGUGUAAAGAUGAUGCAGCUUAUUAAUCAUAUUUCAUACUGAGUUUAAUAUGGUCUGAACCUGGUUGUUUCACAUAGGAUUUCUGUGAGCUAGAAUGAGAAUUACCUAAAAUUCUAGUAGGCCAGAUCCCACACCAAAUUACUGCAAUAAUAUGUCAAAGCAAUUUAUAUAGACUCUGUUUAAAGCACUGCUACUUGUCGAGCCCAACUGACUCAUAGGGCAUUUGGGUUUUCAUUUCUAUGAAACAAAAGAAAAUAUGGAAAUUGCUAAAUUUACUUAAAAGAUUUUGUUUACUGAUGUCCCGUCAAACUAAUUGCUUCAAAGCCCUAUAGCUACAACUCCUGCACUUGCUAUUCAGUAUUAAUAAGGUAGCAUGCUUGAUUUUACUGUUUCAAAAAAUGAGAAAAAUUGAGAGAGAAUGCCAAAAUGUCAACUGUAUGGGACUUUGACUUUGAAGAUGUAGAUGGAUAUAAUCUUUAGAAUUUAUAUAUACCCAUAGAUAUGUAUUUAUAUAUGUAUACAUUUUGUACAAAUUUACAAUGGACUUUUUGUAUUCUCUUUCCUGUCAUUACAAGUAUGAGAUGGAAGCUAAAUAGUUGUUCCAGUCUCUUAUCCAGAGAGGAUAAUGGGAAGCCAGGUAUAUGCAUGCACUUGUUUCUCUGGGGUCGAAUCAGAAUGACCUUCGCUUUAUUUAAUGGAAGGGGAGAGGCCUCAUUGGCUUUGGAAAUUGGUAAUUAGAUAAGCUUCCUUUCCUAUGUUAGUAACUCAAAUGUAGCAAUGAUAAUGAAGUUAUGACCAUGUUGGUGUGGUCUAACUAUCUAGAUAGAAUGAAAACCUAUCUGCAAGAGAUUUAGGGCCAUUUAGGCCACAGUAGUGGACUGUGAUUUGAUUUUCUUCAUUUUCAGCUUAUAUGUUGUAUGAGAUACAACUUGUAUCUGCAUAGUUAAAAGUAAAGUGAAAAUAAUAACCAUUAUUUGUUUAGUUUGACAAGUAGCUUUUGGAAAUAUAAUUUAGCUUUAAAACUUACUUGGCUUUUGACUUUUCUGCCCUUUUUAGCUAUAUCAAUUGAGUUAAUUAGAUAAUGACUAAUUAAUUUUUCCAAUGAAUAUACAUAGGUUUUGAAUGCUUUUCUGUGGACACAGCUGAGAAAUUACUAGCUGAUAUUAUCUGAGUGUAAUGGGCUAAAUUAGAACCAGAAACUUUAAUCUAAUAUGGCCUUGUCCCUAAAGUCCACUCUCAUGGAAAUCUGGGCUUUGAAUUUGAAUCUGAAAAGCCAUUUAUUCAUUUUUGGAACUAGUGACUGUGAAUCACAGAUAUUUUAUUUCAUAUAAAAAUGACCUGCCCUAUCCUACACAGGAAGGCAUUAACUACUGAACUGAACAUAAAUCUGAUUCUGAUUUGUUUUUUUAUUUGGUAACAUUUGAGAAACAGAUUUUGUGGCUUAACAUCAAUACUUAUUAAUGCCACCAACCUAAUGAUACAGUUGGUACUAUGUAGGAAUGCUUAGCUGACAAUAAAAUUGAUUUUAGUUGGGGACAAUGACUUAUCUGAGUUUUUUAAACCUGUUUGAGGCAGAAAUAUUUACCUAAAACUUGUGAUUGCACAGAUUGUUAUUAUAGAGAUAAUAACAGCAGCAACAGAAAAAACUUGAUUUUCCAACUCAAGUAUAUCCAACAGAUAGAA